AUGUCUUCACCAACGCAAGCUAAUACUUCAACGGCCGAACCCUCGUUCACUCAACACCUCAGCGCUCCUAUCACGUCCCAUCACACGAACCAAAAAUCUUUUCCCCCCUCAUCCCACACCCGUCAUACAUCCAGUCAGAUCUUUGGUCGAACGCUACCCUCCAAAAGUCGGAUUCAGGCCACCAAGAUCCUCCCGAACCAAAACGAAUUCAUAAAAAAGGAGUUUCACUUCACCGGGGACGACGUUCCACUCGCAUCACCCCCGCUUCUUCAACCUAUUAAGAUACACCGAAAAUCUUGUGACCGUAAUAACACCGCGAUUCUUAAUCAGACAUUGGAAAACUUUUAUGAUGUCUUGAAAAAGGUUUCUUCCGCGCACGCAAUUGAAUCGGUGAGAAUGUGGAUGAAGGAUUACGAGCAACAUCGACGGCAGGUUCUCAGUGAGGUCGAGAGUGAAAGCGAUGUUGUGUGCAAUAAUGGAUGUUGCUAG